GCCUCUUUCAGUAGAAAGUUCCGUUCAAUUAAAAAAUACAAGAUGAUCUUCCCAGUGGCCCUCCUUGCUGCCUUUAUCCUUUUUCCUGUCACCCUCGGAUCGGAAGAAAAGUGCCACAAAAAUGAUGCAGAGCUCUUAAAGUGCCAGACAGAUUUGCAGAACGAGCGUCUUGAAAAAUAUGCCCAAAUAUCAAAAUGCCAAAAGGAUUAUACGGACUUGGUGAAAUCGAAUUUGGAAAUGCAAAAUAAAUAUACGGAAGUGUUGAGUCAGCUUAUGGAUGAGAAAGUUAAAUAUGCGCAGUUGCAUUCGAAGCAGUUGGAAGUUGACAAUCUAAUAAUACAGAAAAAUAAGGAAAUCCACCUCCUAAAAGAUCAAAAUAGGAACCUAAAGAAAACAAGUGAACUUUCAACGUUAACUAAACAGUUCCGCGAAGACAUUGCCAAGUUGGGAAAAAUAGUAAAAAUGGGAGGAUCGGAUAAACAUAGUCCAACAGAGUCGAAUAAUAAAACAACAAAUGUGGAGGUUGAAGAUGAAGAGGUUCCAACAACUCCACUGCCUAACAACUCAACAACUCCACUCCCAAAUAUUAAUAAUCAGACGACGUCGAAAACAGAAACCAUAGAUUUUCCAGAUCCUUGUCCACGAAAGCAAAAUGGAGACGUAGUCCUCCGCGAAAUCCAACUUCCAGGCUCAGACCCUUUUACAGUGGCAUGUGGGGCAUAUUCGGAUAUUGGAUAUGGAUGGUUGCAUGUUUAUAGAAAACAUUUUUAUUUACGAUCAUCAAAUCGCGCAUAUGCUGAUUAUGAACGUGGAUUCGGAGAUUUAAAAGACCAGUAUGAAAUGGAGUACCAUAUUGGACUCAAUCGAUUGCACUAUUUUACCAGUGGAAAUCCUUUUGAAGUGAUUAUAUGGACCACUUGGGCGAUUAAAAAAUGCACCAACUUCGUUGUGGGCGAUCAAAGCGAAGGAUACAAGGUAAAAAGUAUUAGCAAUUGUACUGGAAUAGAUGCAUGGAUGACCCCUAAACAGGGCUACAAAUUUUCUUCCUUCGACCGAGAUGAGGAUGGAGUUCCUGAUCGUAAUUUGGCGGAGGAAAUGCACUUUGGCUGGUGGUUCGAUCCUGGUAUGAGGCCUGAUAAUGAUAUCAUUUACGUGUACAUCCGAAGAACAGAUUGCGAAUAAAAAGAGUCUUUUAAAAACGGACUUUGAAAAUGAAUCAUUUUUGGAAAAUAAAUGAAAUCUUAAUAUGCACUAAAAUGUAAUUACAUUAUUUCUAAUAUUAUGAAGACGAUUAU